CGUGGUCUCCGUGUUCGCAUCGGUCCUACGGGUCCUACAUAGUUUCGGGGUUUCGCGCGCUUUCUCAAAUAGUUUUUAUAGUUGGGCUCGUGGAGCAAGCCUGCGUUUCAAUCGAAGGUUACGGUUGGCGGGAAGCGCGCAAUGGAAAACGAAGACGAAACUGUACUGUACAGACCAGCAUCUAUGCCAUUCUAGAGAAGGCAGGUAGAAGCACAAGUGCCUGAUGCUUUGCACAGGUCUGUAGCUACUCACGCUGAAGCUCCAAGGUUAUACACAGACUUGCAAACUCAAGGUUCAGCCUACAGGCCAGUAUCCACAUCUUGCUGAAGCUACAAGGUCACGCACAAAUCCACAUGUGCUCGGUGCUUUGCACAGGUCGGAAGCUGCUGGCUCAUUCACGGAAUUGCAAACUUGGGGCUCAUCAUACACACCAGUAUCCACACCCCUUGCUGGAGCUACAAGGCCACACACGGAACCACAUGUGCUUGGUGGUUUAUGCAGGCCUGCUUCGACACAUGCUGAAGUUGCCAGCUUCACAGAGUUGCAACCUCUUGGCCGGUAUCCAGAUAUCCGACUGGAGCUACAAGGUCACACGCAGAUCCACAAGUGCUUGGUAUGUCAUCUACCUUCUAUUAAUCGUUAUAGGUAAUAGGGUUCAGUGAUGGGUUUUAGUGUUGCUAAGGCGAAAUUUUCAGUAUUUUAUCUGUGAAGACUGAUUUGUCUUGCUUUCUCAUUUAAUAGUUACUUGAGACAAGUUAUUUUUUGUAUUCUAUAUGUACCAUUUGCAUUCGUGAUAGUCCAUUAGCACUAACUUAUAUUGUUGUUCAUUGUAACAUAUUGGAAACAGAAGGUGGUGCCCUUAGCACUAAAUCAGCUUUGUUCUUUAGUUAUCUUGCAGCUUCAUGACAGAAAAAUGGCAGAACCCAUCUCAUGAUGACUGUCGAUUUAAUGUGAUUAGCAUUCAAGCUAUAUAUCAGCACACCGCAUUGCUGAAGCCACAUUCAUUUAAAAAAUGUACAGUGGCCAUUCUGAGACUAUCGUUGCUUUGGCUAUAGGCGACAUAUGGUGUCUCCGGUAUCAGCUCACUUUGUUAUAGCACUCGCUUGGCGAGGUUGCCCGUGAGCAUGACGGCAUAACGAAGAUUGUGUGACGAAGAUGUAAUGAUAAAGUAUGACGUCUGUGGAACAACGAAGGUAUUAUGACGACAACGCCAUGGCGACAAGGAGAUGGCAAUUUUGAAACGAUGACUAUGGUAUAAUCACGACAAUAAUCUAUGGUAUAAUCACGACAGACAUGCUCGACUUUGACAAAAAGCUUGAGACAGACAGACAAGCUCUACAUCAGAUGGUAAGUUCUCUGCUUCGUCUAUUCUUGUAAUUUUGCCAAUUUUAUGGCUGUAAGCACGUUUUAAUUAGUACUCCACUUCCUAAUCAUGUUGCUUGAUGGCCUAGGCUCAGUGUGAAAUUGCCUGUCUUGUAGUUAACUACAGUGGGCUGUAGUUACAAGACAGAAAUUGAUACUGAUGUUACUUAUGACACUAAGUCUCAUUCAUGACAUGCUGUAGGAUUUUACAUUAACUGUCUACGACAAUUUUAAAGAAUAUGAGUAAAAGUAAAAGCCAGUUAGCACUUUUCUAUUACCAAGAAAUCAUUUAGGUUGCAAAAUUUUCAGUGUUAACUGAAUCCCAAUUUAUCUUUAUAGCUGUAUUUUUUCUUGUUUCUUUUUAACUGAAAAAGCACUUGGUUGUCCAAGGAGGGGAGUCAACAAAACAAAAAACGACAUGCAUUCUACAGUCCCUUCUUAGCAGGAACGCAACAAUAAGCUUCAAUUGGUUUGGAACGAAGGGGAAAAAAAUUCUCCGAGCUGAAUCUCUGCAAGGUAAUGUGUGGUGAAUUAGGUGUA